AUGGGAAAUUCGUCGUGUUGCCUGCGAACUAGGUCAUCCAGCGGCGAAGACAAGACGUACAACAACGACGGACAGUACAUCAGAACCAAUCAGGUGGAGGUACGCACACGAAAAUGAUAAUGAUAAUAAAUGGAAAGAGAUUAUUGCAGUUCCAGUACGUAAAUCAAGUGUUUCCACGCGAUGAGACCUCCACCAACUUUUUGCCACAUAUCAGCGAACGGGAAGCCACCGAAGGUAACUCUGAAGAAAAUUGUGUUGUUUUUGUGAUUUUUGCUCUUGAAAUAGUGGAGAACUUUUUUUAAAGCUAUGCUACGAAUUUCUAUGCAAAAAUGAGUGAAACAAUCUUCAAAUUAUCUUGGAGUGAAAAAUAGCGAGAAACCACACUUGCUGACCCAAAAAAGUUACAGGCUAUGAAGAAGAUCCAUCGACGAAUCCGACGGCGCGGCCAACAUUCAUGGAGAGAAGCAAAAGCGAGAUGAAAUGUUCGUGCUCACAUAAGUCGAUAAUUAAAACAUGUUUUUGUCUUCAGUGAAAGACAACCGACGUUCGUGCUACAUGCUGGACGUGCUGGCCGCCGGAGGGCAUCAUCCCGGAGUUUUGCCGAGAAGUUUGCGAAAAUCCUCCAGUUGCAGCACCAUUUAUAUCGGUGAGUGGAGCUUUUCCAUUUUUCUGCAAAAUUCGGGCUUUCUUCGUUUAAAAUUGUCAACAAUUGCAGACGACUCGACAGUAAGCCAACCGCACCUGAAAAACACGAUAAAAUGCAUUUCGCUGGCGAUUUACUAUCACAUUUCGAAUCGCAAAAAUCGCGGACACGAACGACUCAUGGAGAUUUUCGAGGAACGACUUCAUCCCAUUUUUGUUCGUUGUCAAUGAUUUUCAUUCAAAUUCUCUGAAAGUUUUCGUUUCAGAGAGAUCCAAUUCCUCCGGAACAAAUGACUCGCGAUCCGGAUCACCGCAACAUUUAUCGAUUUGUUCGGAAUUUGUUCAGUUCCGCUCAAUUGACCGCCGAAUGUGCGAUUAUCACACUGGUGGGUGUGCAAUCGCGCUCCGUCGCACAAAACGCACGAAUUUUGAAUUUUGAUCUUUUUAUCGGGAUCUUUUCAGUGAUUCGUGUGAGAAAAACACAUUUUCUUCAGGUGUACAUCGAACGCCUCCUAAACUACGCCGAAAUGGAUCUGUGCCCGUCGAACUGGCGCCGCGUCGUGCUCGGAUCGAUAAUGUUGGCGUCGAAAGUGUGGGACGAUCAGGCCGUCUGGAAUGUCGACUAUUGUCAGAUUCUCAGAGACACCAACGUCGACGAUAUGUUUGUUUUUCACCGGAAAUUCUUUGCAAUUUGUUGCUACUUUUGCAGGAACGAACUGGAGCGUCGAUUCCUGGAGUGCCUAGAUUUCAACAUUGAGGUGCCCUCGUCGGUCUAUGCGAAAUAUUAUUUCGAUUUGCGAACACUGGCGCUCGCAAACGACCUUCAGCUGCCCAUUCAGCCGUUGUACAAAGAACGCGCCAAGCGAUUAGAGGUAGGCUUGAAUUUUUCCGAAAAAGUCGGAAAUGCGCUCUACUGCGAACGAAAUGGACGACAAAUCCAUAAAACGAACUUUUUUCUUCGACAAGUCGUCGAAAACCCAAUUUUUCAGGCGCUGAGUCGAGUCUUCGAGGACAAAGUGCAAUCGGGCGCGCCGAAAAGAGCCGUCUCCGCGGAGCAUCUUGUUUUUGAGCACCCCGCCGUUCUUUCAUGAUUUCUCUCUAGUUGUUUUCAUUGCACUUUCGUAUGUCUAACGUAUGUCUAAUCAGGGACGGGCUUUGGGACCAUCUAUUAGGAUCAUCCGAUCGGCUCCUGAAAGUUUGAUUGCAUUACUUUAAAAUAUUGCAUUCGCUCUCAUUUCUGGUUGCCCGGUCCUGACUAACUUAUUUCCAUGUUUUUCCAGAGCUGCACAAAAGGCCGGCCUGGACUUUUGGCUCACUUGCAAUGGUCCGAUAGGGCUCAAACUUUGCAGGCGUUUUAGACUUGGCUUAAAGUAUUUUGGGUUCAAGCUUCAGUCUGCUGAUCGGAUCGGUCUGAAACUUGGACCCAAUACACUUCAAGCCAAGUCCAAAAAGCCUGCGAUGUUUGGGCCCGAUCGGACCAUUGCAAGUGGACCAACAACCCUUUUUCUGACCAUCCCAUCAUUUUUCGCAAUUUCUCUCUCUCUCUCUCUCCAAAAAUGCCUUUCGCUUUCCCGCUUUUGCAUAAUAAGUGUUCCCUUAUCGUUUUAACCCUGUUACGGCUAUUUUUUCCUUUCUUUUUCUCUCUUCUUCCCCCUGUCUCGUCGUGCUUGUAUUUUUGUUGUAUUUUCUGAUUUUCUCUCAACUAACUCUCGAAAAUCUCAUUCACCCCUCCCCCAAAAAGUUCUUCGUUUAAAGUAUUAUCGAUUGAAUAUCGUUGAGACCCCCCCCCCCACUUUUUGACAUGUUCUCCCAUUUUCUUCACCAAAAAAUCACAAUAAAAUUGUUUUGAAUUGAACAUUUUCGGGGGAAAAAACGGUUCAAAACCAAUAUUUUUGCGAGUUCAUGUGCCUUUCUUCUGAAUUGUCUCUUACUCUUAUGGGGCUAUUCAGCGUAUGUUUGUUUUCCGUUUUUUUCGUUUUUUACACCGCUAGCGGUCAAAAACGGAAAAAAAAUCAUUUUUUUCACAGCCUGAAUAACCCCAUUGUAAAUGCCUAUAAACGGAACAGCACACAGUUAAAGUUGUGGCCGUGGCCUAGAAAACUCCUAGACGACGGGAUCUUUUGUAUUUGCCGCAAUCCUCGGAUUAACAGAUUGUCAAAAUGCAAGAGUGUCAUGAUAUCAGCAGGGAUGAGUUUACACACCAGAGUUUUCUAGGCCACAACUUUAACACUGCGCGCUGUUCCGUUUUUAGGCAUUCGGGAGAGUUGGGACUCGGACAGUGUAUGUGGCAAUAAAAGAAAAUUCUUGCAGCUAGAUUUUUAAAUUUUUAGGCCUAAAAUGUGCUCUCACGGACACUCGCACAAUAAUUGCGGCGCCGAGCACAUUCCGGAAGUUUCCGGCGACGAUGUCCAGCGAUACGACAUGGUCAGCUACAUUGAUUUGGAAAAAGUGACGACGCUGAACGAAUCCGUCGACGGCGACGGCCGGAAAGUGUUCAAAGUGAUGGAGAGACGCGACGAUCGGUGCGUGUAAGUGCGCUCCGUCGCACUUUUAGCUUUAGUGAUUGCUUUGUAACUCUUGAAGCAAAAUCUGAAUCUGAAAGAGCGCAAAACAUUUCAGAAGCGAAUUCGUCGAGUCGGACUGCGAUCCGGAGCUUCUGUUCAACAUUCCGUUCACCGGACACGUCCGUCUCGCCGGCAUUUCGAUUAUCGGCGACGAGGACGGCACGCAUCCCGCCAAAAUUCGCAUUUUCAAGGAUCGAGAGGCGGUUCGCACAUUAUCGAUUAUCUCACUUGUUAUUACGAACAGAUUACUACCGUAUAUUCGAAACGGUAUAUCUCAGUUGCCGGUUGAGAUGUCGCAAAGUUGUCAACUGAUAAAAUAAUUACUAGGAAAUUUUGAACAUUUUAUCAAUUGACAACUUUUGGAUAUCUUCACCGGCUUCUGAGAUACAUCGUCUUGACUGAACAGUAAAGGUUUAGACCCGAAAAGCCUGCAAACCAAAGGCUUUCCACUAUUUUUCCAAAAUAACCGGUCGCCUCCCGAAACCUCCUCCUGUAAUUGCAGAUGUCCUUCGACAACUGUUCGAUCGAAGCGGACCAGGAGAUUGAUCUGAAACAGGACCCGCUCGGACUUGUCGACUAUCCGCUGAAGGCGUCGAAAUUCGCAAAUGUGCACCAUUUGAGUGUGCUCGUUUCGGCCAACUUUGGCGAGGAAACCACAAAGGUGUACUAUAUCGGACUGCGCGGAGAAUUUCAGCACGAGUUCCGGCAGAGGGUACGCUGGCCUAGUUUUCACACAAAUUACACUUUUUCCAAUUUUCAGAUUGCAAUUGCGACGUACGAGUCUCGUGCGCAGCUCAAAGAUCACAAGAAUGAGAUUCCGGACGGUGUGACGAGAGGGCUCUUCUAA